CAAAGCAACAUGAACAUACAGCAGCAUGUCACGCUGACAACAAGGCAACAGAAUGAAAAUAGAAAAGAAAAAAAAAGUGUGGUUGUCCAUUUCCUGUGAAAACCUUUUGUCUGCUGAUGGUGCGACUAAGAACUAGGAAGAGAAACUCGAUGCUUGCCAUUCAGUCAAGUCAUCUGUAGAUCACCGGAGAUCUCUCGUUAUUUUUCUCCGCGGCGUUGUCUAUCUUCGAGUGUAACUUUUGAAAGAUUUGAUCUGUGCAUUAGAGGCCAUGAAGCGAGGAAAUAAGAAAGGUCAGGAGAUUACAGGCAGCUCUCUGCUCAGUCCACUGGAGAAUGAGAAGCUGGAGGAUCUGCUGGGCAGGAGGUGUCAGUCUUUGUCUUCUGCUGUUGUGCAGCUGCUCAUGGCCCUGCCGAGCGACCCGAUCUGCUGGACCCCACAGCAAUCUGGAGUGGUUUGUUUCGUGAAGGACAGCCCUCUGCGCUCAUUUUUUAUUCGCCUCUAUGACCUCAAGGCAGAGAAGCUGGUCUGGGAACAGGAAAUAUAUAAUCAACUUAUGUAUCAAAGGGCCAAACCAUUUUUUCACACUUUUCCUGGAGAUGAUUGCCAAGUGGGGUUAAAUUUUGCAGAUGUUACUGAGGCUGAAUGUUUCUUUUCUGUCGUGGAGGAAAAGAUCAGCCAGAGAAACUGUCGCUUUGAGAAACAUCAGAGAAAAGGAUCUGAUUCUAGAGAUCGUGGAUCAUUCCCACCACUUCCUCCACCUAAUGGCUUUGGCACACCUACCACACCUACCAUGACUCCAACGGUGCCUAUCAAUGUCCCAAACCGAAUCGCUCCUACCAAAUCAAAAAAAGAGAAGAAAGAAAAGGAAAAGAAAAAGAAGAAAGGACCUAAAUUUAUUAAGGGGGAUAUUGGAGCACCCAGUGGUUUCACGCAUGUUACUCACCUUGGCAUGGGUGGCAACACCAUGGACCCAGACCUGAAGAAACUUCUAUCCUGCGCUGGGAUCAGCGACGCAGAUUUGGACGAUUCUGAAACCUCUCAACUUAUCUAUGAUGUCAUUGAACGCUCAGGUGGAAUGGAGGCUGUUAAAAAAGAAGUGAACCAGCAGGAGACCACUCACCCUCCAGGACACCAAGGUCAUCGAGGUUCUCUCCCCCAAGUGCCUGCUGGGUUCUCCACUGCCCCCCAUCCCUCUCAAGGUCGAUCCCUACCACCUGUCCCAGGUCAGAGCUCUUUUCCAUCGUCCACACGUGGUUCCAUUCCGCCUACUCCUUCAAGAGGUCACACCGGGAAUCCACCAGCAGUUCCAUCACCGCAAGCCCCGGAGUCGCGGGGUGCACGGUCUGCAACGCUAGGUCCCCUACCUCCCGUUCCUGGGGGAGGCCGGAACGGGCCCUUGCCUCAGCCCCCAGGGCUGCGCAGUGCACCCUUACCCCCACCACCCAAAGGUAGGACAGAAUCUCUCCCUCCACCUCCAGGCCAACGUAGAGAGUCUUUAACUCCAGUUCAAGGAAGAAAAUCUGUACCUCAAGUGGCUGAUAGGAGAGGUAGCACUGUGCGACCCGCUGCUCCAUCUAUUCCGCCGAUGCCCCCGGGAGUGAGGAGCGGACCUGUACCCCCACCUUCAAGAGACAGUAGUGGAUAUUUGGCAACUCCACCAGAGUUUGACAUGUCAUUACCCCCUCCACCAUCUGAUUUUUUCCCUCCACCACCCUUUGAGUCGUUUCCCCCUCCUUCACCUGACGACUUUGUUGACGCACCUCCAUCUCAUCCCAAGUUUCCUCCAAGGAGCAAUCAGCAGAAUUACACUCCUCCUCCUCCUCCUCCAACCUCAGCCAAACCCAGUUCAGGUGGUGCACCUCCACCACCACCUCCACCUCCUCCGGCUGCCCUGCCUCCAGUGAACUUCGGAAGCAACACUUCUUCAUCUGGAAGAACGGCUACGCCUCCUUCAGAAUCAAGUGGUGGUAGAGGGGCUUUACUUACACAGAUACAAGGAGGGCUGAAACUCAAAAAGGUAUCCGCCAACGCUGAACCUCCUUCACCUGCACCGGAUUCAGGAGAGGGAAUAGUUGGAGCUCUCAUGAUGGUCAUGCAAAAGCGAAGUAAAGCCAUCCACUCCUCAGAUGACGACGAUGAAUUUGAUGAUGAAUUUGAUGACGAGGAAGAGUGGGAUUAAGGCUGAAAUGUUCAACUUCGAAUGUAUCUGGGCAGCUUUACAUAUUUAAAGAACACAAGAAGAAGAACUGUCUCUGUGUUCUACACAGCAGCAGCACGGAAGGUUAUGAAAUAAAGCAGCGCCAGGAAACUG